AUGGCAAGCUACAGCUAUCAGCAACAAUACCCACCACCAGCACAGGUCGGAUCUGGACACCCUUACCAGCCGUUCCCCGGUCCUCAGCAAGCGGAGAAGACAGGUUUUGUGCCCGGCGAGAUUCAGCAUCCAUAUCCGGACCAAGGCACCCCGAUGUUGCCAGAACAAAACACAGGUGCCGGGUCGGGGUCGACCCUCCUCACGGUGAAACGAAGCAUCGCACUUGCCGUCAUCGGUACCUUGGCCCUGCUUCUUGCGACGGUCAUUGGUCUUGCGGCAGGUCUAGGUGUGAGCCAGAAGAACCUCCACGAUGCCAAGAAUGACUUGAAGUUGGCGCAAGCGAGCAUCACGGCAGGACUUGGGGCAAUCACCUCGUCCCCGACAAUCGCAACUGCCACCUCCACCAGCACUUCAAGUGCGUCUUCGACUGCGACCACCAUCGCAAAAAUUGAGUGUCCAUCCAUCAACGGAACUUUUUACACGGCAACGGUGGGCGGUAAUUCUAGCAGCCCCGGUGGCAGCAGCAGCAAGAAGUUCCAGCGUCUCUGCGGCGUUGACUUUGGAAAAGGAGAAGCCGCCGACAUUGGCUCCGUAAACACGACCAGCUUCAACUCGUGCUUGGAUAAGUGUGCGGAGAAGCAAGGGUGCACCGGAGCGGGAUGGGGUGCGAUCACGGGCGACGAGGAAACCCAUCACACGUGUUGGAUGAAGACAAAUCUGACAACAAAGGGGCAUGAGGCGGUGGACGAGUGGGCUUUUGGAGUGUUGGAGUUGAGUGGUAGUGGGAAGGGGGAGGACAACGACGAGGGUGAUGAUAAUGAUCUUGAUGGGAACUGAGUUUGGUGUGAUAUGUUGAGGAGGGCAAUUGAGGUGACAGGGUAAAGCGAGGGGUCGGAAAGAAUCACUGACUGAUAGUGAUUGAGAACUACUUUGUUCGUUUGCUGGUGUCGAAGUUGUAUGGUAGCCGACGGGAGUUUUACCGUACAUCAAAGACGGCUUUUCCCUUUGCCCUUUCCAAGUUCCCUUUGCCACUUUCUGGGUGCCUUG